AUGGAUUCGACUUGCAAUUUUUGUGAGUAUCAAUAUGUACAAAAAACACUAAAUUAGGACUUUGCAGUCAUCAUAAAAAAAGCACUCUAUGAGAAGUAUUCGUCUUCGCAGAAUUAUACAUACAUUCGAAUUAUCAACGAUCUAAUAUUUGCUCGUAGAAGUCGUAUCACCAAUACAUUCAAAGACUAUCUCUUUUGGGAUUACCAUGAUGAGUACAUGGAGAACUACUUCCGUUCUCCAAAUGAUUUACUCUACGAUACUAUCAAAUCGAAUGUAUUGGUUGUAACUUAAAAUAGACGAGCAGUCCCAAAAAUUUGUGCCCCGCAUAUUUCAUACUCCUAUUGCCAAAACCAUGGAUAAUUACUAUAAUCCCAAAAUUCGAUAAUCUCGAAAAUACUCCAAUGCCAAUUCCAUUAGCGUUUCAAAAAUACUGCAGAGCAGUCUUAUCAAAAAGUAACAGUAUCACAUAUUAUGUUAAGACUAUAAUAAUAUAGUUCAUAAGGGUCCAUCUUUUAUAUCAAAAACCAGCUCAAUGAUAUUGUCACAAAUAGUUCAUUAUCUUUUCAAACAAUUAACAAGUAUUUCAUUCCUAAUUGUAGUAAGUAGGAGGUUGGAGUCCAGUUAAGAGUAAUUUAUUAGAAAUUCUGUGACCGCAGACAGGAAAUCAAAAAAUAAAAGUAGAAUAAGAGAAGUUAAGCUCAUUCCAUUGACAAAGAAACUCAAACUUAAGGAUUUCAAUUCAUACCUAUAAUUUAUCACAAAGACAAACAAUUUCUAUAAAAGAUCAUCAAAUAAUAAAAGGAAAAAGAGUCUACAAAAAUCUAGUUUCAAAAAUUGAACAAACAAAAUAAAGCAUCCAGAUACAGAAAUAGUGUAGAAAUCAAUAAUAACAGAUAUGGUUCUGCAUCUAAAAUCUCCCAGUAAUCAACUGCUAGAGUCUAUGAAUCCUAUGCUUCAAGUCGAUACAAUUCUACUACCACAUAACAAAAACUUAUUCGAUCAUAACGUACUAAAUCUUAAACUCAAGAUUCAAAUAACAUUACAAAGGCUUUAGAAAGUUAAUUCAAUAAUUAAGUUGAUGUUAGAUAAACAUUAAAGAAGUUUGAUAGCGGAACAAAAUAAAAAAAAGUUAAAUGA